UGAAGUCGCUCUGUUGUGGGGUCCUUGCUAGCAGAGCUUCCUGGUCCACGUAUUGAGAAGAUCACCAAUAUCCUCUUUGACAGAUAAUGACAUUUGACCGUGUUUAUACAAACGAUAUUAAUCUUACAUGCUCACCGGUUAAACCCCGGCGGUAGCCUGGUGGCCUGAGACAUUUUGAAACUUGGACGUCGUUUCAAACGGAUACAAAAUGUCUUGGUUUGCUGACUUGGCCGGGAAGGCUGAAGACUUCCUGAAUAAAGUGGACCAAGGAGCCGCCACUGCCCUAACCACCAAAAACCAGGGAAGAUCAUCCUUUUCAUCAUCCUAUGUGGAAGAAUCAACUGUCAAACCUGAAUACAACACCGCAGGGUACCAGACCAGUGCAGCUGUGAAACAUCAUGACUUUGCAUCCUCCAGUGUUGCACCAAGCUUCAUCUCUGCAGCAGCUGGAAACAUCAAGAAAUCCAAUGCAACCCUGUUGGCUGGUAGUGCAAACAUGGCCAGUAUAUCCUCUGCUUCUGGCAGCAGUGCUGCUAACUCUGCUAAGAUCUCAUCUGGCUUUGUGCGGCCCAAAAAGAGUGAGGAUGUGGACGAUGACCUGCUCUUUGACUUUCUGAACAGCUCGGAUCCUCCAGUCAACAACAGGAGCGAUUCAAGAAGAGAACUUGUGAAAGUGGCAGUUCCUGUUACAGAGGCCCUAAACCCCACACCUCCUCCUCCUUCCAUCAGUCCCCAGCCCUUCCCCUCAGCCCCAUCAACGCCCCCCUCAACCAGGGGUGUAUCCAGGGCCUCAAGCAUGAGCUCACUGUCUGCUCACAGCAUCAAAACAUCAGAGGAGAGCUCUGCUAAAGAACAAAGCCAAGACACACCUGAGAGUUCAGACUCAGGCUUGGCUGUCCCUCAGGAGUCCAGCAGGCAGGAGCCUCCUGCUCCUCCCACAGAGGAGCCACAGAGCCAGAUCCUGUCUAGUCUGCGUCUGGAGAAUCAACUGCUGCGCAGUGAGGUGGCCUCCCUCAACCAGGAGAUGGCUUCAGUCAUCCAGAGAGCAAAAGACUUACAAGAUGAGUUGAACCAGACGCGUCUCCGGGCAGACAGAUGGACCUCAGAGCAGUCUCAGACUGACCGAAUGUUACGGGAAUUUCGGUCACAGGUUGAUGACCUCACAGAAGCGCUCUCUGCCAAAGACGGUCAACUUGCAGUCCUGAAAAUCAGACUUGAUGAAGCUGAUCAGCUGCUGAAGUCCCGUAAUGCUGCAUUGGAUGAGGCACAGAAGGAAAAGCUAAGACUUAUGCAAGACCACACAGAAGGGAGCAGCAUGCAUUCUCAAGCUCUUGAAACACUGCAGGAGAGGCUGCGAGAGGCUGAAACAGCUCUCAGGAGGGAGCAGGACAGCUACCGGCAGAUGCAGAUUGAGUAUGCUGGCCGCCUGUCAAAAGUGGAGUCUGAGAGGCAGACCCUAGCGGAGACGGUGUCUGCAUCAGAGCGGCGAGGUGGAGAGGAGAAGCUCAGGGUUGAUGAACUUCAACAGCAACUGAAAAGUGCCAAAGCUGCAGCUGAGUCAGCCAAACAGGAGUUACAAGACUACAAGCACAAAGCCUCACGCAUCCUACAAUCCAAAGAGAAGUUGAUCAGCAGUCUGAAGGAAGGAUCUGGUCUGGACAAUAUAGACGGCAGCGGGGCCAUGGCUCUGGAGCUUGAGGAUCUGCGUCAUGACAAGGAACUUCAGAGAGAGGAGAUCCAAAAACUACAGGGGCAAGUGCACACGCUUCGGACAGAAAUACAGGAUUUGGAGAAUCAGGCCCUGAUGGAGGCAGAGUCAUGGAGGGAGCAGCAGGCGCAGCUGGAGGAGCAACAGGCCUUACAGAACAGAGCGAAGCAGGAGAUGGAGGCUGAGGUCGAGCGCUACAAACAGGAGCUGCAGUACCUAGAGGAAGAGCAACAUCGAUCCAAAACCACUCUGCAGAGCAGAAUGAAGGACCGAGAAGACGAAAUUCAAAAACUCAGGAACCAGUUAACCAACAAGACUAUCAGCAACAGCCAAACAGAGCUGGAGAAUCGUCUCCACCAGCUGACGGAGACGCUGAUCCAGAAGCAGACGAUGCUGGAGGCUCUGGGCACAGAAAAAAGCUCCCUGGUCUUCCAGCUGGAGCGUCUGGAACAGCAGCUGAAGAACGCUCAGGGAGGACAAAGUGGAGGGCCAGCCAUCAACAUGAGUGGCCUAGAGGGACCAGGUGCACGACAAAGAAACGCACCGAUCCUCUUCAGUGAUCAGGACAGUCCGGGAGUGUAUGGCAAAGUACGCAAGGCAGCCAGCACCAUUGACCGCUUCAGCAUCAGACUCGGCAUCUUCUUGAGGCGGUACCCUAUGGCCAGAGUGUUUGUUAUCCUGUACAUGGUGGUACUGCACCUGUGGGUCAUGAUUGUUCUCCUGACUUACACACCAGAAAUGCACCACGGUCAUCCUGACGGAAGAUAGAAGGCUUGAAUUUUACCCAUGUUUAAAGGCGUUUGAUAUAUUGCCUUCAAUAUAAGGAUGCUACAAGCUGCUUGAAUACGGGCUCUGGGUCCUGACUCUCCAAGUUUUGCACAGAAAUGCUAUGAAUUAAAGACAUUUCCUCUGAUUCAUUCUUAAUUGAUAACUGUAUUGGGUUUUAAGAUAAAUAGAGUGAUAUAUUGUAUUGGUGGUCGGUUGAAAGGACAUUAAAUCCAACGUGAUCUCACAUCUGUCCCUCUCAUCAUCUGCUUUCAGACCUCUGUUCUCUUAAGAGAUUGUAUUUAACACUAUGUAAAAAAAGAGUCUUUUAAUAAAUGAGUUAGAAGAAACAACAGUA